GGGUAUUUUGCUAUCCAAUCAAAUUGGGUUGGGUAUGUAAUCCAAAUAAAUGGUAAAUGUUGGGGUGUACAUGGGUCGGGUGGUUUGAUUUGGUCAUUUUAAUUACCUUACCCAUAUUAUAUUACGGUUUUGAAAAUAUUAAAUUCAAACCCACCCAAAAAAAUUAGAACCAUACGAUUUAUUUAUAAUUGGGUCGGCUUGGAGAUACUCUUAAUUAAAAAUCCAAUCCCACACAAAAAAAUGCAACUCUACAAAAAUAUAAUAUAACUAAAUUAAAACUUUAAACAAAUAAAUCAUGGCAAAAAGUAACAAUAUUCAUAAAUGUUGUUUGGAUUUUAAUGAAAUGCAAUUUACUUCAACGUAUGUCUAGUUUUUUUCAUAAAAAUUUGUAGAAAUAAGCUAAAGUGGUUAUAAGCUAACACAUCCAUAAUAUAGUUUUCUUCUAGAAUUGUGCAUGAGAAAAAGAUUACAUGAAUCAUAGCUAAUAUUAAAUCUACGUCUAAAUUUUAAGUUGGAGAAUGUAUUAGACUAGGAAAACCACAAGAGAAAAAGAUGACAAGAUAUCUUAAUUUUCUCACAAAUAUGUUUAUUUACAAAAAAAUAUAUUUUGGAUACGAACACUUAUGACAAUAGUUCAACACGGGUUGCGUUACCCCAGUAUCAGCACCCAACCCAAUAGAGGCGAGUUGUACAAAAGAAAAUCCUCACCCAAUUUUAAACUUUAAUUUUGAUGAAAAUUAGGGGUGGGUAGGUUUAGAGGUUGUUUUGUUCACCCCUAGGUAAAUUGGUAGAGUUUGAUAAGUUUGUACUCAUACCCAUUUAUUUGGGUUGGGUUUUUAAUCAAUGUAUUUAGGUUUGUACCCAUACCCAUAUUAAACGUAUCUUAACUUAAUAGAUAUUUAUAUUAAGUAUAUUAAAUUAAUUUUUUCCAUAUAAGCUCUCAAAAUAUUGAUGAAAACUUACAUUGUAGUACAUAAUUUUUUUGGAUAUUACAUUUUGAUACCUAAAUGGGUAUUCAUAUCCAACUCAUACCCACUUAGAUUAUAGAAACAAUAUCCAAAUUCUACCCAAACCCAUAUAUAUUUCACUCAUACUCUACCCAUUCUAAAUAGGAAUACUUGAGUUUGGGUUAAAUUACCAUGAGUGGGUAAUUGUGAUCCCUACUUACGUACAAUAUUUUUUUAAUUGAUAUAUAAUAAAUAAUUAUAUAUUCAUAAAAUUCUCAUAGUGUCUUAAUCAUUAGUAAGACCUAUGUAAAACAUUUGUUUAAUUAAUGUGUUAAAAAUAACUAUCUUUCUAUUCGCUUAAUAUAUUUUUAGUUUACCUACAUUACUGUUAUAGAAGUGGGGUUGGGGUGGAUUUUAUUUUUUCUCUUUUUAUUAUUUCUUAAUAAAAUAUUUUCCAUGUCAGCGUCCACCUCAUAAUUGACCUAAUUCUUGGUCAAACAAUAACGAAAAAAUUGACAGAGUACUAACAACAUAAUUGAAAUGUCAUAUCGAAAGUUAUAUAAUAUAAAUGACAAAGGCGCUAAAGAUUGGUAUUUUUAGUGGUAUUAGUUUUUUUCUUCAAAAUCAUUGAGGUUUUAAUGUAUGAUCGAUCUACAAAUCAAGCAGCCGCUGUUGAGAGACUUGCAGCAGCUGAACAUCAUCCCCCUGAAAAUUGAUGAUGAUCCAGUCAAGUACAUGAUCAAGAAGGUUCCUGGGAAGCUGUUGGAUGCUUUUGUUGAUUUUGUCUUCCAGUUUCUUGAUCAAACCUUGCUCCCAUCUCAGAGCAACUUUGCUCCGGUGGAUGAACUGAAGGUAGCCGUUCGUGUGACGGCCGUAGAGGGUACAAUUCCGGAAGAUUUCACAGAGGGAGUUUAUAUCAGAAAUGGACCUAAUCCUCUGUUUGGAGGAUUGAAAUCAACGAGAUCCGUGUUGGGAAGGUCAAGCCACAUAUGGGUAGAAGGAGAAGGGAUGCUCCAUGUCCUCUAUUUCCAGAAGGACAGUAGCGACGGGGAAUGGAGCGUCUCCUACAAAAACCGGCACGUGGAGACUGAGACCUACAAGAUGGAGAAAGACAGGGCCAAACCUUGCUUUCUUCCUGCCGCUGAAGGCCAUUCCCCUGCCAUCUUAGCAGCCUUCUUGUUCAAUUUGAUGAGAUUCGGGAUGGUGAACAAGUUAUACAGCAACACGAACGUUGUGGAGCAUGGUGGGAAGUUCUACGCAGUAGCUGAGAGUCAUGCUGCUCAAGAAUUCGACAUCGUCACGCUCGAUACCAUUGGAGAUUGGGACGUCGAUGGAGCUUGGAAUCGAACUUUCGCCUCCCACCCUAAGAGAGUUCCUGGCUCUGGCGAGCUGGUUGUAUUUGGAGUGCAGGGUUCGAAACCGUUCGUCGAGCUGGGAGUCAUUUCUGCUGACGGGAAGAGAUUACUCCAUAGAGUGGAUCUAAAUCUCAGCAGAUGCACCCUCUGUCACGAUGUUGGGAUCACUGAGAGGUACAAUGUGUUCAUGGACUUCCCACUCACCAUAGACGUUAACAGGCUGAUCAGGGGAGGACCGUUAAUCAAGUACACCAGAGAAGAUUAUGCAAGGAUCGGGGUGAUGCCUCGAUAUGGAAAUGCAGAGUCGAUUCGAUGGUUCGACGUGACACCCAAUUGUACAUUUCACAUCGUGAAUUGUUUCGAGGACGGAAACGAGGUGGUGGUGAGGGGAUGCAGGGCUCUUGAUUCAAUCAUUCCAGGACCUGAGUUGGGCGAAAACAAGUUGGAGUGGUUUUCAAGAAGGUUUAGGCUUGCAGCUGACAACGAGGGGAAUGGUACUUCUUCUUCUUCUUCUUCUUCUUCUGAAGACGGAUCGUUGUUUACCCGCUGCUACGAGUGGAGACUGAACCUAGAAACAGGGGAAGUGAAGGAAAGAAACCUAACUGGGAAAACAGAAGCCUCCAUGGAUUUUCCUAUGAUCCAUCCUGACUUCACAGGUCUCCAUAACCGGUUUGGAUACACACAAACCAUCGAUUCUGAAGCAAGCUCUGCUGCAGGGAUGACAAAAUAUGGAGGUCUGGCCAAACUCUACUUUGAAGAACCUGCUGCAACAAAUUGCGAUCUGAGCGACGAGGACCAGUGCGAAGAGGCGAUGAUCAAGGUGGAGUACCAUGAAUUCGAGAAGAACACGUUCUGCACUGGAGCUGCUUUUGUUCCUAAAAUGGCCACAGCAGGGAGCUCAAGUAGUUGUAGUGAAGAAGAAGAUGAUGGUUGGGUCAUCACUUUUGUUCACAACGAAGACACUGACACUUCCAUGGUUUACAUAAUCGACGCAAAGAAGUUGAGCAGCGAGCCAGUUGCCAAGAUUGCAUUGCCUUGCAGAGUUCCAUAUGGUUUUCAUGGAGCCUUCAUGCCUAUGUCACUCCCACUUAUGUGAUCUACACAACUAGCUCAGGAAGAUUCAAGAUUUAAAAUUCAAUGUGUAUCAUAACAUUUGUGGUAUCUUUCAUGAUAAUUGAAUGAACUAUGAUUAAUUACUCAUCACCUCACCUUAUCUUAAUAGUGGGUAACGAUUUGGUUUGCACCGAACACAACUGACAUUUGAAUCAAACCAAAUUAGAUCAAAUAUAAUUCGAUUUAAUUUUGAUCUCAUGUCUCUUAAAAAGAAAAAAACAUAUCACAUUCGAAUAUUACACUUGUGAUUCGACCAAUCUUAAAUCUUGAUCCCCAUUUCCUUUUUUCCACCUAAAAACAUUCCAUUCAACAUAGGGUUACUCAUAAAGUUAAAAGCCGCAACACCACUUCUUUAAACUUACAAACUAUAAUUAGCAGCGGGCUAAUGGUAUGUAUGACCCUUGAAUAAAGUUUUCUUAUUUACUAGUAUAAUUUUUGCUAUUAUUAUAAGUGAAAGCCGAACAAACAGGGGAUUAAAAAAAAUUAGUGGGUGACCGAGAUAUAAUCUGAGCCCCACUUCUUUAGCUAUAACAAAGUUAAGUCUAGUUAAAAUGUAGGGUUAAUAUUUUCGUAUGGCCUGAACUUUGACCAAAAUAAAUAUUCUGGCCAAUUUUUCCGAUCGAUAACAUCCUGGCCCGAACUAUACACCAAAAUAAACAAUUUGGCCAAACCCGAUGUUUGACCGUUAACUUGGACGUUAGUCAACGCGCCACGUCACUGCCAAGUCAAAAAAACAGUUUAGUGUUUGGCUGUAAAACUAUUAGAAGUGCUUUUUAAUAUGAGCGGUUGUGUAAAAUGACUAUAAAGGACUUAUAAUAUAAAAUAAAAAUAAAAAUUCUAAACAAUAAAAAGUAGUCAAAAUGGAUCUUGUUAGAUUUCUUUUAUAUUAAAUAAUAUGAUUUUAUAAUUUAUUUUAUUUUUAAAAUGAUAUAAAUGAAUGAAAAUAAUAUUUCUGAAAUAAAAUUAAAAUAUGGUAAGGAUAAUCUUGUAUUUUCAAAACAGCUUUAUUUUAUUUCCAAAUCGGAGCUUCUGCUUUUAUGUUAUACAAAAGCGUUUUACGGCUUUUCAAAAGCCGAGCUUUUAAAGGUGUUUGACACUGCUUCAACUUUUGAAGCCGAAAAACACUUUUAAAAGCCGGGCAACAUAGGCAACAUCCCUUAGUCGACUACCUAGAUUUGUAUCUCUUCAUGAGCUUCAUUCUUGGCCACUCUUAUUAGAUUCAUGCCAUUUAUGGUUCAAACUUCAAAUCAGACCGUACGAGUCCUUUAACUGACCGAUUAAUAGAGAAUCGAAGGGCUUAAUUGCCCAGACCCACUGACCAUCAUUUCCCAACCUAAUACCUUGCAAAAAACUAAACAUGUACAUUUAUUUGUGUCUUAAUUUGCAGAGCUAACCAUUCACGUCUCUUUAAUACAUUUGUGACUUGAGACAGAGACAAACAUAUCAAUGCAGAAUGGACCAAUUAAGAUUUAAGACCAUUCCUAAUUGUCUGGUUUUUGUUCAAGUUUUGAUUCAUGGAACAAUAAUGGCCCGGCAUUAGUUGGGACUUCCUAAUGAGCUAACGAUCUUGAAUUGCGCGUUUUAUGUUUCACAAUAGUUAGACGCGUGUAGCAGUACAAUAUUGUCAUCUCAUGUAUCUAAUAAUGGUGAAUUGAGACAUACACGAUUCAAUGAUGAUGAAUUACGAGACAACGUUCGACAACUUGUUCAACUAAUGACGCUAUAAAUUAAAACUUCUCCCUUAUCGUACAUUGAUUUCACGUUAUAAAUCCAAAAUAAUAACCUAGAAAUUCUUUAAAGUUAGUGGAAGAAAAUAACUAAAAUUAUAAGUCAACAGGAAUGAGAGUUUGAUCUACCAAUAUCAUUAUUGACUUUCAACGUGAAUAUCUCGAAUUCGGAUUCCCCAUCUUCCAUGCCCAUUGAGUAGAGCAUGUAAAGAGAAAACAAAAUGAUAAGCUAAUG